UUAGUAAUCAAAAAUUAAAUUAAUUGUGUAAAAUUGGAAAAAUUAAAAAAAAAAUAAUAAUAUUUAAUUUUAUUUUAAUAUAUUUUACUAAAUUAUUAGUGAUAAAUUUAUAAUACAUGUAUAAAAAUGCGGAUUAUUGCUAAAAUUUCACCAUCUAUUAAACUUACAGCGCGACUGUCAUGCAACACCAAUGUACGACGUUAUACCUCUCUGGUACAAGUUCAGCAAAGGCAAACACAUGAUCAACAACUAUUAUGGAGCAAUUUGGCAAUGAGAAGAUUUUAUGUAACAAAUAAAUCGGAUAUAACAAAUAGAGGAUAUGUUAAAAAUGAUUUUUUCAAUACGUUUCCCGAAAAUAAUACCGGUUCAAUUCUACCAAUUGCUCUGAUAGAUUUAAAUCCUCGUAGUAAUAAUUCAUCGAAAGUAUUACUGAUACCUUUAAAUUGGCACGAUGCAGAUGAACACUCUAUGAGAAGUACUAUAACGUCUAUAUUUUCAAAACCUAAAAAUUUGCAACAAAUUGAGGCUUUCAGUCAAGCAUUAAAAGAUGUUCCCGGUUAUCAAAAAACCAAAGAAAAUACGGCAACAAAAUCAAGGGCUAUUCGAAAUAAAGAAGAAACAAAAGAUUUGACUAAAGACCCAAAAAAAGAAGUAAAUUUAAAAGAAAAACAAGUUAUUAAUACUUCUUUGGAAAAUCUCGCAUGCGAAAAUUUUGAUAAUUUGGAUCAUUUAGCUGCAGCUAUAGAGAGAUCUUUACAGCAAUGUUGUUUACAUUCGAUGCAAAUGUUUGUUGAUGACAAUAUAAUUGGUGAAAGAAUCAAAGGUCUCAAUCUGUUAUCGGUGCCUUCAAAGAUCCGUGGGGGUAAUAUAAUAAAUGAUAUAGACCUCUCUGAGCCACUUAAUCCUAUAUGUGUUAUGAAAAUAGAUGCUUCUAAAUUGAAUUUAAAGGACAUAUCAUGGAAUGCCAAAAUACCUUUUCCAGAAAAUCAAAUUGCUACUUUAACAAAUAUUACCAUUCCCAUAUCCUUUUCUAAGAAGUCAUACUCUACUAGGACAAUAACUCUCCCGAAACAAAAAACUCUGACUGAUGAUAAAGGUCAAGAUUCUCAGAUGUUAGCUAUUUUAGCUAAAAGUAAUCCGCAAAAAAUUCCCACAUUAAACAUACUUCGUAAAGCCUCUAGUAGUAGUGUUUCUUCGAAAUGUAAUCCAAAUUAUGAUUUUCCCUAUCUUUCGAAAUUGUUUGGCACCAAGGAAUUGUUAAUGAGUUGUGAUGCCUAUAACAAGGCAUUAAUCGAGGCUGAGAAACGUAGGGCCGCUUUAGCAGAGUGUACAGCUCUAAGCAAAAAAUUACCACAAAAUUCAUUAUCUAAUCGACCUCAAGUUGUAAACAUUAAAGGAUGCAGUGAUCCUAAUUUACAACAAACUGCCACUAAAAUUUCAAGCCCUUGUUCACCGCCGGCGAAACCUAAAAUGCAAGCAAGUAAUGGCUGCAAAAAAGAUGAUCCUUGUAAACCGCCCGAAUGUCCCAAUCCCUGUAAAGACGAAUUGGAAAAAUUAAAUCGUCUAAAGGAGGAGGAAAUGAAAAAGAAAAGAAAUAAAAUGCCUACCGGUUGUGAGUCUCCCAAAUGUAAAAAGGAAGAUAGUUGCACCAAAUUCCGUAAAAGUCCUUGCAAAAAGGCUACAAAUCAUUCAACAAAUGUGGAAAUGAAAUCUACAAUGAAAUCUCCUGACAAUGUUAAACAAAUGACAAGUAGUUGUAAAAAAGACGAUCCCUGUAAACCUUCGGAAAGUCCGAAUCCCUGUAAAAAUGAGAUGGAGAAAUUAAAUCGUUUAAAGGGUGAAGAAAUGAAAAGGAAUAGAAAUAAAAUACCUACUGGUUGCGUUUCUCCCAAAUGCAAAAAAGAGGAUUCCUGUAUAAAGCCUAAAGAAAGUCCUUGCAAAAAAGCUAAUGCCAGUGAUGGAUCCUUGAAGUGUGACAAAAAACCAAGUACCAAUAAAGGUAAGUCUGAUUCUUGUGGUAAAUCCAAGGAUAAGAAACAAAAAAAUCCCUGCUUGGAUGACCACACAGAGUAUAAACCAAAAUGUAAUAAAGAUCCUUGCAAAGAAGGUGGCUCUCCUUGUGGUGGUGCCAAGAAAAAGGCAGAUUCUUCUGGUGAUGGUGGCAAGAAGGAAGAUCCCUGUGAAAAAUAUAACAUAAAGAAGGAUCCCUGCAAAAUGAAAGAUAUAUGUGGAGGGAAUAAUAAAAAAGAUGAUCCAUGCAAGAAACAAAAUAACAAUCCAUGUGGCAGCAAGAAGGAAGAUCCUUGCAAGACGAGAAAAUCAAGCCCAUGUGGUAGUCGAAAGGAAGAUCCUUGUAAAAAACAAAAAGAUGAUCCGUGUAAAAAGAAAAAUGAAGACCCAUGUAAAAAACCUAAAGAAGAUCCCUGCAAGAAGAAAAAUAACUCUCCAUGUGGCAGCAAAAAGGAUGAUCCCUGCAAGAAAACUAAAGAUGAUCCUUGUAAAAAACAAAAAGAUGAUCCUUGCAAGAAGAAAAAAGACUCGCCAUGUAGCUACAAAAAGGAAGAUCCUUGCAAGAAGAGUAAAGAUGAUCCUUGUAAGAAGAAAAAAGACUCAGCAAAGAGUCCAUGUGGCAGCAAAAAGGAAGACCCUUGCAAGAAAAAACCCACAAGUCCUUGUAAACCAAAAAAGGACACUAAAUCCAAAUGUCAAAAAACAUCAAAUUCCAAGAAAAAAGGUUGUGGAAAACCUAAAAAGGAAACUAAACCUAAAUGUGAACAAAAUAAAAAAUGUUUUAGUACUUCAGCACUAGAGAACAAUAACUUAAUUAUGCGUACCUUCUCAAAUUUCUCAGCCAUGCCCUCCAUAAAGAACAGAAAUUGGGUCAAUUUUAAUUUUAAGCGUUAUUAUAGCUCAAAACGUGAUGGUAAUAAGAAAAAUACCGAUGAUCUUGGCCGGGCCAGUCAAUGUAAAUCUGUAGAGACUAAAGUACCGCCUAAACGCAAACCCGCUUAUAAUCCCCAUCCUAAAGAUGGUUUACGAAAAUGUUAUCCCACCUAUGAUAUGGAUUGUCAACAAUUUUGUAAAGAUGCCCGUAAGACAGAUUGUAGAAAAUAUGCCUUCCUUAAGGAUACCGAUAACAAUAAACGUAAUGGUAAAAAAUAAUCCAAUUUAACUUAAAAGUAAUCUGUUAGAAAUUUGAAUAUUUUAACGGAAAUUCAAAGAAUAGUCAUACACUCAAAGAUGUAUCAGAUUUUAUGAUCAAAACAAGAUUUCUAAAAAAAAAACAUAGAUUUUAUGGAGAAGGGGACCUUAAAUUUAAACCAACAAACAAUUUUACUACAAGUAUAAUAAAACAUUAAAAAAAUGGAAAAUUUUGGAAAAUUUUAUGUGUUUAAAAUAAAUUUAAGAAAAAUAAUAUUUAAAUAUAUAUUUUUACAUUAAAAAACA